AUGGUUAUUCAAAAAAAUGCACACAUCGGUAAGCUCGCCGUUAUGCAGCGCAAGCCGAACCGUGACUAUGCCUUGGCGAUCCUGCAAGACAUUGCGCAUCAGGUUUCGCUGCUGAUGCGGGAAAAUAGCUUCAAAGUGGGCCAAUUGGUAGAAUUUUACCCCAAAAACAAGCGAUUACUGGGUAUGAAUGUCAACGGCGGUGCCAAAAUCAUGCUCAGGCUCCGACAACCCUUUGACGAGGACCAAUUUUUAUCGCGGGAACAGAUUCUGGGAACCAUGCUGCAUGAAUUAACGCACAACCUUUGUGGGCCGCAUAAUGCAACUUUCUACAAAAAACUGGACGAGCUUAUGGCCAGGCAGUGGGUCAUCGAGCAACGGGGGCUGUUUGACGGUUUUGUGGGACGUGGCCGGAAGCUGGGCGCCCGGCCCCGGGCCAAAAUACCGGGGCAAACUUCAGGCAGCGGAAACGUCUUGGGCGGAAACAAUGCCGGCUCCUCCUGGAGAAUGGGUUCUUUGAAUCCACAGGUGCGACGUUCACCUCGAGAAAUGGCCGCAUUGGCUGCUGAGCAGCGUGCUCAGGAUGCUGUUUGGUGCGGCAGGCCAAAAGUCGACGCAGAGCCCGAAUUUCGAGAACUCGAGUUUAUAGAUCUUGAAGAUGAACAUCCCGCGUCGUCGUCGUCGUCGUCAUCUUCUUCUUCACCAUCGAUACCGGUGCCGAACAUGAAAGAUCCUGAACCCAGCGCUAAGCAGAAAAACGGUCGAACACAGGGCAUCUCGGAACCCGAAGUGAUCGAUCUAACGUGA